UUGGUAUUGUGAACGAUAUUAUAUUGAACAAUUAAUUUUUUCUAAAGAGGCUUAAAAAUUAUCAGUGAAUAUUUUUCUGGUACAUUGCUUAACUGUAAUUUUAUCAACUAUCACAUCAAACACUUUAAAAUUUAAAUUAAGUUAAUUUUAUAAAAUAUGCAUAAUAGACUGAAAAUACGUACAACUGAAGCACAAAAAGCAGCUGCAGAUCGAGAAAAGGAAAAGAAACUUCAACUAUAUCGAAAUACUAUCAAUGAUAUAUUUGAACGUCGAUCUCGUAAUGAACAUGAUGUUUUAGCUUUGAAAUCAUCCGAAGGACUAUUACGAUCCAAUCCUGAUAUUGUUACUAUAUGGAAUUAUAGAAAAGAAAUAUUAUUAAAUUUGAAACCAUCUGAAGAAAUAAUUAAUGAUGAACUUUAUUUAACUGAAAAAUGUUUACAAGUAAAUCCAAAAUCGUAUUCAGCAUGGUAUCAUAGAAAUUGGCUACUAGAUAAUGUAGAUCCUAGUCCAGAUUGGAAUAAAGAAUUGCAAUUGUGCACAAAGUAUUUGAAAAUGGAUGAAAGAAAUUUUCAUUGCUGGGAUUAUCGACAAAUUGUAGCAUCUAAGUGUCAAGAACCAAAUGAAAAUGAAUUGAAAUUUACUAUGGAAAUGAUAGAGUCAAAUUUUUCAAAUUAUUCUGCAUGGCAUUAUCGAUCAAAACUUUUUAGUGCUGCRGGAAAAGAUGAAGAAUCCACAAAAAUUUCAGAAUUAUCAUUGGUGGAAAGUGCAGCAUUUACUGAUCCGUCAGAUCAAAGUGCCUGGAUAUAUCAGCGAUGGCUUAUAGGAAAACUAGAACCAUCUAAGUUUAUAUACAAAGUUUCUCAAAUAAAAGAUAAAAUGUAUAUUAUACUAAAUAGAAAUUUACCAAACAAUUAUAAAAUUAUCGGAUUAGGAGAAACAAAUUGGGAACAAUUUGAUUCAAAAAUUUGGUAUAAAAAACUAGACAAUGUUGACAGUACCAAAAUACAGAUCAUUGAUGAAAUAAACCAAGUUAUUGAUAAUGUAACAAUAGAUAGUGUUCAACAAGAUAUAUUUAAUCUUAAUAUUAGCAAACAACUACAACUUGUUUUAAAUGGACAACUAGACAGUUUACRUCAACUGAUAGAAAUGGAGCCAGAAAGCAAGUGGGCUUUACUCACUUAUGUGUUACUUCUUUAUACAUUGAAACCAAAUAAUUAUUUUGAAAAUUGCCUUAAAAACAUCAAAUUAUUAAAAGAAAUAGACACUAAAAGGAAAAAUUAUUAUCAUGACCUUGAAAGCCGUUACCAAAUUGAAUAUUGGAUAGCUAACAAUUAUAACCACAAUAUGGAUAACAUUAAUUUGAAAGGAUAUGGAUUAACAGCAUUUUAUCAUAUGCACAUGUUUCUAUUCAACAAAAAUAUYGAUUUGAGUGAUAAUGACUUAUCCCACAGCAAUUUAAAUCAUUUAAAACAUUUAAUUAUGUGUGAAAAAUUAUCACUGAAGAAUUGUAAACUAGCGAACUUGAAUAAUUUUCCUGCUCUAAAUAAUCUAAAAGUUUUGGAUCUGAGAGAAAAUCAAAUUCAAGAAAUUUCUAGUGAAGAGUUAACGAAAUGUAAAUCACUGAAAACAAUCAUUAUUGAUAAAAAACAAAUAGCUCUCAAUGAAAUAUUAAAAGGAAUCAAUCAAUCAAACAUUAUUGAAAUUAUAUAG